UAUAAGUCGUGAGUUAUCGGGACGCCACCCUUUGAGAGUACGAAGUGUGUGAAGAGGAGGCCGCGAAACCCUCAGAACUCUCUCUCAGCCGCAGAAACACCGCCGCCGCUGACGUCCAGUGAGGAUUAGUAGCCAAUGGGGGCGGCGAUACUGUCGGACCUCCUGACCGAGAUCCUGAUACCGGUGGCAGCCGUCGUCGGGAUCGCCUUCGCGCUGGUGCAGUGGGUGCUGGUCUCCAAGGUGAGCCUCUCGCCGGAGAAGCCGGCCGGCAGCAGGGAUGGGGUCUCCGAUUACCUCAUUGAGGAGGAGGAAGGGCUCAAUGAUCACAACGUCGUCGUGAAGUGCGCCGAGAUCCAGACCGCCAUAUCGGAAGGAGCAACUUCAUUCCUUUUCACAGAAUACCAGUAUGUUGGAAUCUUCAUGGUUGCUUUUGCUGUCCUGAUCUUCCUCUUUCUUGGUUCUGUGGAAGGCUUUAGCACAAAAGCACAGCCUUGCACGUAUAGCAAGGAUAAAUAUUGCAAACCAGCACUUGCAAAUGCUGGCUUCAGUACUAUCUCCUUCUUGCUUGGUGCAAUUACCUCCCUGGUUUCUGGUUUUCUUGGGAUGAAAAUUGCAACCUAUGCAAACGCAAGAACAACUCUAGAAGCUAGGAAAGGUGUUGGAAAAGCUUUCAUUACUGCUUUUCGGUCUGGUGCAGUCAUGGGCUUUUUGCUUGCAGCAAAUGGCUUGUUGGUCCUCUAUAUUGCUAUCAACUUAUUCAAACUGUACUAUGGUGAUGACUGGGAAGGUCUUUUUGAGUCUAUUACUGGUUAUGGUCUUGGUGGCUCUUCCAUGGCUCUUUUUGGUAGAGUAGGGGGUGGCAUCUACACAAAAGCUGCUGAUGUUGGUGCUGAUCUUGUUGGCAAGGUUGAAAGGAACAUUCCUGAAGAUGAUCCUAGAAACCCAGCUGUGAUUGCUGACAAUGUGGGAGACAAUGUUGGGGAUAUUGCUGGGAUGGGUUCUGAUCUUUUUGGCUCAUAUGCUGAAUCAUCAUGUGCUGCUCUCGUUGUUGCCUCUAUCUCUUCAUUUGGAGUCAACCAUGAUUUUACUGCAAUGUGCUACCCUUUGCUUAUCAGCUCCAUGGGAAUCAUAGUAUGCUUGAUAACUACCCUAUUUGCAACCGACUUUUUUGAGAUAAAGGUUGUGAAGGAGAUCGAACCUGCUCUAAAGAAGCAGCUCAUAAUCUCCACUGCACUUAUGACCAUUGGUAUUGCGAUUAUCAGUUGGAUAGCACUCCCAUCGACUUUCACAAUUUUCAGUUUUGGUGAGCAGAAGAAGGUCAAAAACUGGGAGUUGUUCUUCUGUGUUGCAAUUGGAUUAUGGGCUGGCCUGGUUAUUGGAUUUGUCACUGAAUACUUUACAAGCAAUGCAUAUAGCCCUGUCCAAGAUGUUGCUGAUUCCUGCCGAACUGGAGCUGCGACUAAUGUAAUUUUUGGGCUGGCUUUAGGAUACAAGUCUGUCAUUAUCCCCAUUUUUGCCAUUGCUGUCAGCAUCUUUGUUAGUUUCAGUCUUGCUGCCAUGUAUGGUAUUGCUGUUGCUGCGUUAGGCAUGCUGAGCACCAUUGCGACUGGUCUGGCCAUUGAUGCUUAUGGACCCAUCAGUGACAAUGCUGGAGGCAUUGCUGAGAUGGCUGGAAUGAGUCACAGGAUUCGAGAGAGAACAGAUGCACUUGAUGCUGCUGGCAACACCACUGCAGCCAUUGGAAAGGGCUUUGCCAUAGGUUCAGCUGCCUUGGUGUCUCUGGCACUCUUUGGUGCCUUUGUGAGCCGAGCAGCGAUCUCCACAGUUGAUGUUCUGACACCAAAAGUGUUCAUCGGGUUAAUCGUUGGUGCCAUGCUUCCUUACUGGUUCUCAGCCAUGACCAUGAAGAGUGUUGGCAGUGCAGCUCUAAAAAUGGUGGAGGAGGUCCGCAGGCAGUUCAACACUAUACCAGGGCUUAUGGAAGGCACCGCUAAACCUGAUUACGCCACCUGCGUAAAGAUCUCCACAGAUGCCUCGAUCAAAGAGAUGAUUCCUCCCGGCGCUUUGGUGAUGCUUACCCCCCUCAUCGUUGGAACCUUCUUUGGUGUGGAAACCCUAUCCGGGGUUCUUGCUGGUUCUCUUGUUUCUGGGGUUCAGGUAUGCAAUAACUUACUUGCUGUAACCUUCUUUGGUGUGGAAACCCUAUCCGGGGUUCUUGCUGGUUCUCUUGUUUCUGGGGUUCAGAUUGCUAUCUCUGCAUCCAAUACUGGUGGCGCAUGGGACAAUGCUAAGAAGUAUAUUGAGGCUGGGGCAUCGGAGCAUGCAAGGAGCCUUGGCCCUAAGGGAUCUGAUCCCCACAAAGCUGCAGUUAUUGGUGACACCAUUGGGGACCCUCUCAAGGAUACGUCCGGUCCGUCACUCAACAUUCUUAUCAAGCUAAUGGCCGUGGAAUCGCUCGUGUUCGCACCAUUCUUUGCAACUCAUGGUGGUCUCCUGUUCAAGAUCUUCUAACUCUUACGAUACUUGUUCUUCAGAGUUCUCUGAUCUCCAUCACAUACCUUCCUCGCCUUUUGUUCGGUUGAUGCUUGACGACGACGAUCAUUUUAAUUUUGUGGUGUAAUGACAGUGAACAUUCUUGA